AAAAACUCAAAAGCUUUCAAAUUUUUAUCUUUCUCUUCAACAAAACACCUACGUGCAAUCAGUCGUUCAGUCCGAGGCUACAAUAUUAGGCUUAUCAUUCAGUAUUCUUUUCAACUCUUGAGUUUAACCGCUUCACAUCAUGGGUAUCAUCCGCAAGACCGCAGUUGGAGUGACUGUCGGCACAGCUGCAGCACUAGGCUAUCUCCAUGUGGCAACAAGCAUCAUCGCGCCGAUUCCUCUCAACGACGCGAUAUACAGCUCCAGUGCAUACAAGAAGUAUAAUCCGCAUAAAAACGCAGCUACCAAUGACAUCUGCGUCAAGACAAUUCCUCUGAAUCGCAUUCGCCCGGAAUUGUUGCAGAAGGAGGGAGACCUGGCCUUGGAGCUCUGCCGUGGCGUAUGGCAUGGCUGGGGCUAUGCCAUACAGCGGUGGUACUUGCAUCGCAAAUGGUACGGUCCUGAGACAUCCUCACAGCUAUGGACGCGAGACCAGCUCGCUGCCUCAAAGUAUGAGGUCGGAACGGCUGUGACAGAUCACUUUGAAGUGGUUGAUCACACGCCCAAUGAAAUUCUAAUCCGCGCCGGCGGCACUCCUCGGGAGCAGGGUGGACGACCUGCAGAUGGUUUGUUCGCCAUUGGCGCUGUUGUUGACCACGAUGCUCAAGUGGCGCGAUUAACGCUCAAGAGCUGCCUUUUCUCCAGCCACCAGAAGAUAGAAGGCGAUAAGGGACCGAUGCCCGCACCAGUGGAACUUCUGCACCAGUGGUAUUCGCGCGUUAUGCUGGUGAGCGCAGCCUCUCGGUUGACGCGGUGAGCGAUUCACAGACAUGAUCGAAAUGAACAACAUGUUAGCUGAGAAGACACGUCGAGACUACGACGCUCCAGGGGAGAGAAAAGUCAACAUUUCUAUAGUUACUGGGAUACUUAGCAACAAGGAUUAUGCAUGCUAUUCGCGC